AUGAAUGCGACCGCCAAGCCACAGCGCUUGCCAACCCCGUCGCUCAGGCAGCAGUAUUACACCUGCAGACACGUCGCGAAGAGCGAAGCCAGUGAAGGUGAUCUCCGGCUGGGAGCGAGCGUGAGUCUUCCAAACCUACCCGAAAAGACUCAGAUCUUCUCUGAGCACGCGGAGGUGCUGACAUUUACGGACCGGGGUUCAGAAAGAGGUCCCGAGACAUAUCUGAGUGCAUCACCUCCGCGGAAGACGCCAUUGCGAUCGCAGCGCUUUGGCGCUUCCAUCGUCUCGCGCGACCGAGUGCAGCAGACGCUGCCGCGUCACAUCGAACUGUGUGACGAUAAGAAAGCUGUUCAACAUGCCCGAAGCAAUUUGGAAAACUUGGGGUCAGUGAUCAGGGACUUCGAGCAGAGAGGCCGAGGACCAGAGGUGAAUGCGACACAACCGCAUCGUCGCAUGCGAGGACUUGACUUCUUGUAUAGCGUGCGCAAUGAUUCGGCAAUGCUUCCAAAGCCAGAAGAUGAAGGUGGCAUGAAGGCGCGACAAGAAGAUGAUGAAGAGCUAAGAGGUGAUCAGCGACGAGCAAGAGUUUGGAAAUUGCUGAAGACGGUACCGUACUUCAUGACGCUUGAGACCGCUUACAAUGGGCUCACUUGGAAGCUUAGCAAGAAGUGUCAAUUCUUCAAGGAAGCCGCUGGUCAGGUCGUCUUCCGACAGGAUGAUCCGGCUGGCAAUUGCUAUGUCAUCGUCAGCGGUGAGGUUGCGGUGAAGAUCUUCAAAGAUUCAAACGGAAAAGAUGAGGACGAGGACAGACGUCCGUCCCCGCGUGAGUUGCACGAGCCACGCAUGUACUGGUAUGAGACUUUCACGCUGAACACGUGGGGAGGAUACAGAGACGUGCGUGCCACCACGGGCGAAGAGGAGCAGCAACUCAGGAAGUACUUCGCCUGGGCUUCGCCAAAAAAGCCUGCCAAAAAAAAGCCCGAGACGGACGCCAGCGUGAAGCAUAUGAGACGGAGGUCUAUGCAAAGCGUUCUGGCCAUCGUUGUCGAAGCUGGACAAGCAAUUGACCAGACGGCUGAUGUGACCGAUGAUGCAGAAAGGGACAUGACUUUGUACGAGCAGCUGCAGCAGGAAGACAAUCCUCGCUACAAGACUGCAGAAGGUCACAGCACGUGGUGUCGGCAGGACUCCGCUCUCGGCGACACUGUUGUGACUUUAGGUGCUGGAGCCAUUUUUGGGGAAAUGGCGCUACAGAACGACAAACCCCGUGCAGCAACCAUCGAGUGCCUGCAGGAUUGCGAAUUCCUUGUCAUUCCGCGCUUCGUAUACAGGAGAAUUCUCAAGGAAAUCACAGGCAGAUCUGCUGACAGCUUAAAGGCUGCCUCUAUCUUGAGGAAGUUGGACUUCUUUCUGGACAUGGAGGCGGAGCGACCUGGAACGAUUGAUCGUCUUGCGCAAAAGACAGCUUGGCAGGACUGUCCAGCUGGUCAAGUUCUGUUCCGUCAGCAAGAUCCACCUGGAAACUGUUAUGUGCUGUGCGAAGGAACGGUGGACUGCUACAAAUGUGGCCCGGAGAUGCUUCCUCGAGAAGGGGAGAGGCGCAAGCUGAAACGAAUGAUGACGCCUCGCACAUGCACUCAGUUUGACAUGCGAGAGUUUGUGACUCUAGUCGAAGCGCUCCGCAACUCGAAAGGGUUUCGCAAGGACCAGAGAUACUUGACUUUGGAGAGGUUCAGCUGCUUUUGCAAGGCAUCAGUCUUGGGGCCUUGCGUGGCAACCCUCGAAGCGCCGGCAUGUUUCGGUGAGCUGGCUCUCAAGAACACCCAGCCAAGAGCAGCCACAGUGAAAUGCCGGACGAAAUGCCGAUUGAUGAUCUUGGAGAAGCAGCACGUGCUGCAUGUCCUCACAGAGGUCAUGGCCAGGAUCCGGUUCUUCAAUGAUCGCCUUCCUGGCAUUUCUGAAGCAGAGUACAGGAUGGACCACCCGUCCCAGUACUUCAGCCUUCGACACUUUCCUCAAGGCUUUCAGUUCACGUACGAGGGUAUUGUUAUGACCGAGCCAGCCCUCUACAUUUUGAAGAGUGGUGCCUUAGAGUUCCGCAGAUACAGGAGGAUCAGUCAGAAUCCGGCCUACGUUCUCUCGCACCUCCCCAUGGUGGAGUCAUCCUGGAAGUCGCUGGCGGCGAGGCCACGCACCGGCGUUGCUGGAAGCAAGAGGUCUGGCGCCAGGCCUAAGAGCAGGGCACUCCAGAGCCGCACAGGACGCAAGCAGCUUACUCCGAGAGAUGACCUCGGGGAAGAGGUCGUCUGUGAUGUUAUGCGCAAUGAGGGUGUUUUCUGCACGCUUCCAUUCUUCCCGCUCUUCUGCGAGGAGCCCUUCUCUGUGGUGGCGGCUUCUCCAGUGGAGGUAUUUCACAUUGCUUCAGAGAACGUUAAGAAGCUGGGUGGGGACUACCUGCCUGUCCUGCGGAAGCACCUGCUGCUGCAGCUGAAGGAGCGGAUCAGGAACCUCCCAUCGGGUGCAGCUGAAGUGGAGGAGGACACUGCUCGAGCAUUUGAUCCAGCAGGGCAAACGUUUUACAGUACGAUCCUUGACCAAGCUAAGAAGCACCGCCGUAAGUACAAACCGACGUACGAGGAACACAUCAUGCAGCUGAAGCAAAGCACCGGCAUGCUGAGGCAGCACGAGUCUGUGGUUGAGGACCCCGGCCUGCCGAGUAGCUGCCCAGAGUCAUUUUGCCAACUUCUGCCGAAUUGGUUAUUCUUGCAGGAGGAGAAACCUGAAGAUGCAGAAUUGAAAGCCGUGGAAUUGGCAGAUGCAAGGACGGCACGCGAACUGGAAGGACAGGGCCAGCUGCAGGAUGCCCUCCGCGAGUACCAGAACUGUUUGCAGAUUUACCAGUUCGUAUGGAAGUGGGAAUCAAAUACUCGCGUCAAGGACAUGCUGCGGGAAAGAUUAGAAGACUUGGUGAGCCGGGCAGAGUCGCUGAAGGCACGUGCCGCGAACGGCGCCCAGGCCCCGUCGUCUCCUGGAGGCUAUGCGGGAGGUGGCGCUGCUACCCAAGCACCGCCUGCCACAGGAACUGCUGAAGAUGGGGAAGACAAGGAAAAAGAGAAACUGAAGAAAGGACUUGAAGGUGCCAUCAUGACCAGCAAGCCCAACAUCAGGUGGGAUGAUGUGGCUGGCUUGGAGGCUGCCAAGGGCGCGCUCCAAGAGACAGUCAUCUUGCCAACUAGGUUUCCGCAGCUCUUCACCGGCAAGCGGGUUCCAUGGCACGGCAUCCUCCUCUAUGGGCCACCAGGGACAGGGAAAUCGUUCCUGGCCAAGGCUUGUGCCACGGAGGCCGAUGCCACUUUCUUUAGCAUCUCAUCCUCCGACUUGGUUUCCAAGUGGAUGGGAGAGAGCGAGAAACUUGUGCGAAGCUUGUUCGAAAUGGCCAGAGAGAGCAAACCGGCCAUCAUCUUCGUUGAUGAGGUAGACUCUCUUUGUGGCGCUCGUGGCGAAUCUGGAGAGUCGGAUGCAGCCCGGCGAAUCAAGACCGAAUUCCUCGCGCAGAUGGAUGGAGUUGGAAAGGACAGCUCCCAAAUCCUGGUCCUGGGGGCAACGAACACUCCCUGGGACCUAGACACUGCCAUCCGUCGUCGUUUCGAGAAGCGUGUCUACAUUCCUCUGCCAGAUAUGGAGGCACGAGUGCGGCUACUCACGCUGCACUUGGGCGACACACCACACAGCUGCACCCCAGAGGAACUCCGAAACAUCGCUGCGCAAACUGACGGCUACAGUGGUGCUGACAUCUCCAUUCUCACGAGGGAUGCUCUCUUCGAGCCGGUCAGGAAAUGUCAGCGUGCGCGAACCUUCAAGCGCGUUGACAAGACAGGUCCUGAUGGCAAGCGGAGCUUCUGGACACCGUGCAGUCCUGGCGACCCCGGGGCGGUGCCCAUGACUCUUAUGGAGGUCCCCGCCGCGGAGCUCCUGUCGCCCGACGUUGAGGCGCGUGACUUCGAGGUUGCGCUGGAAAAGGUGCGACCGAGCGUCAGUCCCGGCGACUUGAAGUCUCACGAGGCGCAGACCCGGCACAGAUGGGGAAUGGGAUUGUUCCAUGCAUGUCCUACCAGUGACAGCAAAGAGAGAGUUCACAUCGAUGUUCGGCAUGGAGGGCUGAUGUCAACCGGCCUGGUGGCACAUAGAGGCUUUCAUUACCCACAGCUGGAAGAGAACCGACCCCUGGAGUGCACUUUGCCUGCAAUGAAAUCAGCAUGGGAGGCCGGGCUACGGCUUUGCGAGUGCGAUGUGCGGGUAAGUUCUGAUGGCAGAAUUCUUUUGUCUCAUGACGAGACGCUGGACCGCUUGACGGCAACAACUGGGACGCCAAAGAUCACUGAGUUGACGGCGGAACAGCUUUGUCAGUGGCCGCUCCGUCAGCCAGAAAGCCACAUUGUCUGCUUGGAGGAGGUCCUGAACACCGCACUUGCAAACUCAUGCCAGCUGGUCAUUGAGCUGAAGGGCUGCGCUGGCCCUUGCGUUGGAGAAGCAGUGGCCAGCUUCUUUGGACAGAAGCCGCAGCUUCUCAAGGCAUGCGCGCUAGUAAUGUCCUUCGAGCUUGCUGAGCUUCACGGCUUCGCGAGAGGCUUCGAAGAGCAGCGAAGACAUGUCCCAGGUUUAAAUCGGCCCCAGCUCUUGUUGCUGACUUGCGUCCCGCAGCCUGAUCUGCAAGCGAAAUACCAGACGCUUGAUGUGGGAAGCGCUUCAUCCAUGGAGACAGCCUUGCAGUACUUGGAGCAAAAGGAGCAGGGCAAUUCUUCUCUUGCUGUGCAACGGCUGAUCCGGGAACUCAACAGUAAGCGCUGCACGGUUGGCGUCUGGCAGCGUUUUGGACAGACCGACUGUGCAAAGGAGGCAGCAAAGCUCCUGGAUGUCGGGGUGAGGUACUGCAACUCUGACUUGCCAAGGGACUUCAUGCCGCAAGAGACGGCAGUUUAA